AUGAAGAAAGAAGUUGUCAGAGAUUCCUUAGUUCAUAGUAGGUCAGCUAAGGUUGCUAGUGAGUGGGAACAAGAGUAUCUAGAUGGUGAAUAUGAUGGUCAGAAACGCAAGGAACCACACCGCAAUGAUGAUCGGAUAUUGAGAAAGGAUUUAGGUCAAUUGCAGGAUCACCUAUUUCAAAUUCUACAGAGAAAGAUUCAGGCCCAAUCACCAGAAAAUCGAUGGUAUAAUUCCAAUCAGGUGGAGACAAUUUUGGUUGAUGCGAUCCAACACGCAAGAGCUCAAAGACCUCGAAUCAAGCUUUUACAACAGUCUUGUUGUGAUUACCCGAUGAAGAAUACGGCUUGUACCAAUGGAAAACAAGUUAUAGAUUCAGGACAAGCUAAUAGGGUAUGGGAGCGAGGCAGAUUAUGGGUUGGAAAGGUAUUGUGUCUAGAAUUAGACUCUUGUGAGUACAAGAAGCAGAGUAAGUUGGUCGUUGAGCAGUAUUUCUAUGCACAAGUAUGUGAUAGUUUUCAUGGAAGUGUUGAUGAUAUUAAAUGUUCAGCAUUAGGAGUAUGUACAAGCGAGAAACAAACCAAUAGCUUGUCACGGAUUUCUUGCAUUGGUUGUGUGUGGGAUCCUGGUGGAAUUUCAUGUUCAAAAGCUCAGGAGAUUUGGUUAGGGACUUAUUUUCCUGAGUAUAAGAAGCUUAUUUGGCUGGUCGUAGAUCAAUGGUUAGGGGUGCGAGAGUUAUAUGCUCUUCACAGAGGUGUUGAUGAUAGUGUGUGUCUACCAUUUGUAAUCUGUUUUGGCUACAAACGACUUUUCGAUCCAGGAGGAGCUAAUUGUGAUUGGGAGUUUCGGAAGAUGAUAGUAUGUGAUGUGUUGUGCUUACCAAUCUGCCUUGGAGUUCAUAACAGAAGCUUUGAUGCAGAACUAAAACAAAAAUUGAUGAGUACACAUCAAUGUCUAAAGAUUACGAACUUAUCUUGGUUUAAGAAGAGAAAUGGGAAAGGAACAACAAAAAUGGUAAUUUGGUUACCUACGUUCCUCUCAUUCAUUCACCUUGAGAACAAGGUGCGUUUCUCAGGGGCGAGUAAUGAUAUACGCAGAGGAUGGGUUAGUGAGGCAGUAAAGAAGAAGGUAAGAAAUGUCAAAGAUGAUCUCAAGAUGGUUAAGACUAGUUUCUUAGGAGAUGUUAGGGUCACCUUAGCCAUUUCUAUGAAGGCACUAGAGUUUCUGUUGUGGAAUCUAGAGUCAUUGUUGAAACGAAGACAUAUUUAUCAGAAAUGGAGUGCUUGCCCAAUCGAUCAAACUUGGCUGGAGAUCUUUUAUCAGAAAGGGAGAAUACUAGUGUGUAUCGGCAAACCUUAUUGCUACUUGAUGGAGGAUCAUGUCAGUGGGUUCAAUUGCCAAAAUUCUAGGCAAAACGUGGUUCACAGUCUGCUGGUAAAUGGAGUUCGCAAGCACCGAGGAGAAACAAUGGAAAGUUUUCAUGGGGGUUCUCUUUUGAAGUUCUUAACAAGAAAAGAAGCUAGAAUUGAUUCUCCCAAAGGAGCUAAUGUUGUCUCGUCCAUAGUGGAGGACUUUGAGAAUCCUUCAGUUUCAAUCUUCACCUAUGAGAUGUUCCAUGCUCCAAGACCACCAUAG